AUGACGGCGAAACCGGGUUUAAACGCGGAAAACCCGGGCGUAGCAACUCCAGAAUCAUCUGCUUCGCGCCUAACGGCUCAAAGCAACCCAGCCUGUCAGAAUAGCCCCCUAGGGGAUGAGACCGCAGCCAAGCGGUGCAAGAAGUCUACACAAGACAAGACAAAACAAAAUCCAAGCAGCAAAACAAGCCACCUCAAUCCUUGGGAACAAAGCCACGGCAAGCCCGACAACAAGGACAAGAGGAAGAACGAGAGCAAUGAGAGAAGACGCACAGGAUAUCCAAUUAGUCAACCCAGUGGACCAUUGCUACUUGCUAGAAUCAAUCAAGACCAAAACGAAACCUCUCUCCUUCUCAGUCUUUCCCAAAUCGCUUUCAUCCUAUCCUCAGUCAUAUCUGUCUCGGCUACACCGAGCAGUAACAAACCCAUAGCCAAGAAGCACGAACGAUCCGUUCUGCUCUUAGAAUAA